GCGCUGGACCACACCUUUGUGCCUAUCUUGAGAAGCUUCGGCUAGGAAAGAGGUUCACUUUUGACUUCCUCUACAGCUUGUUUUCUCCAGUCUCCUUCGACUAUCUAUUCACUCUCCACACCACCCAAACGCACAUUGUUCCUAAGAACAGUCCCUUCACACACACAAGGAAUUCUGUCCAAUCAAGACGGCUAACCUAACCCUAAACCAAUUAAGAAACCUAAUCCCCAGACCAGAUAGACCAACUGCUCCUAAUCUCAGAAAACAGUCCGAAUGAUCCCGAAUACAAAGCCCGGUGAAGGCAUCUCCACAAGAGUAUUUGCAUCUACCACUUCCCAGCGAUCUGUAUUCAUUUUAUGGCAUAUUCAAACUGCUGCCUUAAGACGAAUGAUUAGACCAGCAAAGCAACUGUCCAAUGGGCGAAGCUGCUGUUCCUCAUCAGUUUUUCCAAUACUGGAUCUACUUCCAACCUCUGGGCCAAAAAUGAUGGGUGCAAAAGUCGUCACAAGCCGGAGCACCAUUGGACAGCAGCACGGUGGAGUCAGCGAUGUCGUAGUGAAAACUACCUUCAAUCAGGUGUCCUGCUGUAGGCCUGUUUCUUGGACCAGUGGCUGCCACUCUCUAACAAGGUCUACUUGUAGCCGCCUGCUCUACAUCCUUCUCCACGUGGGGGCCUCAGCAAUCUGCUGCCUCCUGCUGUCGAAGACAGUAGUAGAAACGGUCUGGGGCAAAACACAUGGGAUCCAGAUGCCCUCAGUGCUGUGUGCCCACCUGUUUGGCAACUCUGACUGUCCAGUGCUCAGUGGCUCUGGGGCUGUGUAUCGGGUGUGUGCAGGAACUGCCACCUUCCACUUGCUGCAGGCAGUGCUGCUAGUCCGAGUCCACUCUCCCACCAGCCCUCGGGCACAGCUGCAUAACAGCUUCUGGAGCCUCAAGCUGUUGUUCCUGUUAGGUCUCUGUACCGUUGCCUUCUGUAUCCCUGAUGAGCAUCUUUUCCCAGCCUGGCAUUAUAUUGGCAUCUGUGGAGGCUUCACAUUCAUCCUAUUACAGCUGGUGCUUAUCACAGCCUUUGCCCAGUCCUGGAACAAGAAUUGGCAGACUGGUGCAGCUCAAGACUGUAGCUGGUUUCUAGGUGUAUUACUGGCCACACUGGGAUUUUACAGUAUGGCAGGUGUGGGAGCUGUGCUACUGUUCUACUACUACACACACCCCAAUGGUUGCCUGCUCAACAAGAUGUUACUCAGUCUGCACCUUUGCUUCUGUGGCCUCCUGUCUCUUCUCUCCACUGCACCCUGCAUCCGCCUCAAGCAACCAAACUCUGGCCUUCUACAAGCCUCUAUCAUCAGCUGCUAUAUCAUAUAUCUGACCUUCUCUGCACUGUCCAGCCGUCCCCCAGAGACAAUAACCUUUCAAGGACAGAAUCAUACCUUGUGCCUUCCUGGCCGGAAUAAAACGGAACCACAAAUACCGGAUACCUCAGUAGCAGUGUUUAGUGCCAGCAUCAUGUAUGCUUGUGUGCUCUUUGCUUGCAACGAGGCUUCCUACCUGGCAGAGUUAUUUGGACCCUUGUGGAUUAUCAAGGUUUACAAAUAUGAGUUCCAGAAGCCUUCAGUCUGUUUCUGCUGCCCCCAAACAGUGGAACCAGAGGACGGGCAAAGGGGCAGGGCCAGGCCAACUGACCAGGAGACCCCUCCAGCUGCCCAGCUGCAGAGCCAGCCUCUUUCCUACAGCUACUCUGGCUUCCACUUCGCCUUCUUCCUCGCUUCACUCUACAUCAUGGUUACCCUUACCAACUGGUUCAGCUAUGAGGAAGCAGAACUGGAGAAGACCUUCACUAAGGGUAGCUGGGCUACCUUCUGGGUCAAGGUUGCCUCAUGCUGGGCCUGUGUACUCCUCUAUCUGGGGCUGCUCCUGGCACCGCUGUUGGCUCCCCACGAAGCAUCACCACCCUGCCACCCUAGUAUCUUUAACUAACACUGCCAUGGCAGCAGUACUUCCACAUAAAAACUGGCUCCUGAUCUAUAGUAACAAACUCAAG